CUGGAAACACUGGGCGGGCUGCUCUGCGGGCUACAGCGGGCGGGGCGGACGCGCUUAGCCUAAGCCCAGGGUCCAGGAGCCCGGAGGGAGGUGGAGGAAAGGCGAGGCAGCAGGCGCUGAGUAGAGCUCAGUUGGAGCACAGUUUCCCUCCUGGACGGGUCGAGUCAGACCUCACGUGUAGACCAAGAGGAUCAAAGGAAGGGUACGUUACCUGCGGCGCCGGUUGUGCGCAGAUCAGAUGUGCCAGGAGCUGCAGGAGGUCAAAACCUAAGGGAGACAGGGGAAGAAAAUGGAGCGUCAGUGAUCAUCAGACUAGAAUGAGAGUGAAUUGGGAGAAAAUGGUGCGGCCCCCUCACCCAGAGCACCCUCCCCCACCUGCUCACAUCCCCAGCGAACACUCCCGGGGAGGCCUAUGAGACAGCAGUAAAAGAAGAGGGAGGAAUAUAAAGUCUCAAGUUGGAAGGGACCCGGUUACCACUUCCUUUGCUUUCUGAACUUUUUGUUUUGGUCUCCUGCGGGCAGGAGUGAGUCUCGCCAUCCUCCUUGCUUGCUUGCUUGCAUUCAGCUAAGAGUCAUCUUCUCUCUUCUUCCUCCUCCUCCGCCCCACAUCUCCCUCCUUCCUCCCUUCCCCAACCCCUCCACCCACCAAGUAGCGAGUCAUUCAAUCUGUACACCUCCUGGGCUGGGAAUCGCAAUUGCGAAGUUGGGAGGCGGGGUGACGGCGUUUGAGAAGGGCCAGGGCGACCGGCAGUGUGCACAGGCACUGUGUCGGGCUUGGACCUCACCUGAUCCUUUCUCUUAGAGCGACCCUUCCUCUGCUCCCAGUCUCCUUUCUCUGCCACUUGUGCGCUGCUUCCGCGCACUCGCGGCUCCCUAGCGGCAGGAGGAGGAAAGAGCACAGCGGGUGGAGAGAGUGCGCCAGGGAGAGGUAACCCCUUGGGGAGCCCGGGGAAUCCCGGUCGCCAACAGGGGCCGUGCCACCGCCCUCGCGGGACCAACGCUUCCGGCGUGUCCCCAACUUUGUGGCGCCCUCAGGCCGCGGCGACUGGGAUAGAGAUGCCUUCCAGCGGCAGAGCGCUGCUGGACUCGCCGCUGGACAGCGGCUCCCUGACCUCCCUGGACUCUAGUGUCUUCUGCAGCGAGGGUGAAGGGGAGCCCUUGGCGCUCGGGGACUGCUUCACGGUCAAUGUGGGCGGCAGCCGCUUCGUGCUCUCGCAGCAGGCGCUGUCCUGCUUCCCGCACACGCGCCUUGGCAAGCUGGCCGUGGUGGUGGCUUCCUACCGCCGCCCUGGGGCCCUGGCCGCCGUGCCCAGCCCUCUGGAGCUUUGCGACGAUGCCAACCCCGUGGACAACGAGUACUUCUUCGACCGCAGCUCGCAGGCGUUCCGCUAUGUCCUGCACUACUACCGCACCGGCCGCCUGCAUGUCAUGGAGCAGCUGUGCGCGCUCUCCUUCCUGCAGGAGAUCCAGUACUGGGGCAUCGAUGAGCUCAGCAUCGAUUCCUGCUGCAGGGACAGAUACUUCAGAAGAAAAGAGCUGAGUGAAACUUUAGACUUCAAGAAGGACACAGAAGACCAGGAAAGUCAACAUGAGAGUGAACAGGACUUCUCCCAAGGACCUUGUCCCACUGUUCGCCAGAAGCUCUGGAAUAUCCUGGAGAAACCUGGAUCUUCCACAGCUGCCCGUAUCUUUGGGGUCAUCUCUAUUAUCUUCGUGGUGGUGUCCAUCAUUAACAUGGCCCUGAUGUCAGCUGAGUUAAGCUGGCUGGACCUGCAGCUGCUGGAAAUCCUGGAGUAUGUGUGCAUUAGCUGGUUCACCGGGGAAUUUGUCCUCCGCUUCCUGUGUGUGCGGGACAGGUGUCGCUUCCUAAGAAAGGUGCCGAACAUCAUAGACCUCCUUGCCAUCUUGCCCUUCUACAUCACUCUUCUGGUAGAGAGCCUAAGUGGGAGCCAGACCACGCAGGAGCUGGAGAACGUUGGGCGCAUUGUCCAGGUUUUGAGGCUGCUCAGAGCUCUGCGCAUGCUAAAGCUGGGCAGACAUUCCACAGGAUUACGCUCCCUUGGGAUGACAAUCACCCAGUGUUAUGAAGAAGUUGGCCUACUGCUCCUAUUUCUAUCCGUGGGAAUCUCUAUAUUUUCAACUGUAGAAUACUUUGCUGAGCAAAGCAUUCCUGACACAACCUUCACAAGUGUCCCUUGUGCAUGGUGGUGGGCCACCACCUCUAUGACUACCGUGGGAUAUGGGGACAUUAGACCAGACACCACCACAGGCAAAAUCGUGGCCUUCAUGUGUAUAUUAUCAGGAAUUCUUGUCUUGGCCUUGCCUAUUGCUAUUAUUAAUGAUCGCUUCUCUGCUUGCUACUUCACCUUGAAACUCAAGGAAGCAGCUGUUAGACAGCGUGAAGCCCUAAAGAAGCUUACCAAGAAUAUAGCCACUGACUCAUAUAUCAGUGUUAACUUGAGAGAUGUCUAUGCCCGGAGUAUCAUGGAGAUGCUUCGACUGAAAGGCAGAGAAAGAGCAAGUACCAGGAGCAGCGGGGGAGAUGAUUUCUGGUUUUGAAUUAAUUUUCAAUUUAUUUACAAAAGCUAUGUACAAUUUACUAAAAUGAUAAAGCAGUGAUGUGGAUUUCUGUAUUCUGAUGAUGAGUCUCUUCGGAGUACUGCUCAUCUUAAUUAAUUUUUGCUGAUACAUUGCUUCGUCUACUAGAAUAUUUCACAUCACCUAUAACAACUGCACAGUGUUCUGACACAUCUGAGUAUCCAAAAUAGCCAAUUAACGCAAUCAAAUACAACUGGGCCAAUAUAAACAUGUUUGAACUGUCAAAUAGAAAAUAAUGUUAUUGCAAUACAUACAAAAAGUUAAAGAUUUUAUGUAUCACUAAUAGUAGAAGUUUUCUGCACCACUAAUUUUUUAAAAAUGGAAGUUAAACUGCAUAGCCCAGAGAAACAUAAGUAAAUAUUUAAGAACAUAUUGAACAACUUUGCUGUUUAAAGAUAUUAUCCAAGUACAUAAAUUAUUCCUUUCUCUAUCAAUUAAGGCUAUUAAAUAUAAUAAUUAGCUUUACAAGAGGAAACCCUUAUUUGAUGGGCAGAGAUUGUAUCCCUACCUUCUUUUUCGUGUAAACCACUGGUCACAAAUGAACUGAUCUCUGUAUCCCAUUAUUACUAUAAGAGAUGGGAAUCCCAAAACUGCUUAGAUUGCAGUACAUGAGUCCGCACAAAAACUUCAACAAUUGCACAUCUUCAUUCUCCCAACUGAGUGUAAUAUGUGGAGCAUAAAACAGCAUAUUUCUUAGUACUUCAUGAAUAUCAGAUGGUCUUCAAAUGUCUCUUUAUGGAUGUAUUGUUCACGUUAUGGCUUUAAAAUAAUGAAUAUAUGAAAGUGAGGUAGUGGACAUCCUAAAUUUCUACACUGAAAUUAUUAAAUAAUCUUAUUUCAUAAAAUGGGAAAUAUAUGUUGAAUGACAUCACUGGAUGAACUUGAAGAUCUUUUAUUUGUUAACAAAAAAUAUUAUGGACAGCUUUCUGUCUGUUGGGGUAAAUAGCAAAUGUUCAAACUUUGCAGGCAUUUUGACAUUCAUGAUAAUAAUACAAUUCCUAGACAUUGUGUUAUAUAAUUAAAGCCAAAACCUCUAAAGCUAAGAACUAGCUCAUGAUUCCCAUUAUUUUAGUAAAUGAGAUUCUAAAACCUAAGAAUAACAAGGAAUGCAUCACUUUCAUACCUACAUUUCCAAUAUAAUAGAGCCCCCAAGGGGAAGAAAAUUGGUUCUUGAGGAAAAAGAAAAAAUCUUAUCACUUCAUAUACAAAACACAGAUAAGCAUAUUGAGUAUAUCUGUGGUAUUAACAUUUCAUGGGGGUGAGAUAUGAGGGAAAAAAUGCCUAGAAGGCUCUUUGCCAGGGGUUCGUGGUGAUAAGAAAUAAACAUUGAGGACUGCUUUAAUAUAUAGCUAUAACAUAUUUCAUAAACUUUAUUCAAGACAUCCUAUUAUGCUAUGCACUACCAAGAAAGAAAGAUGCCAGUCAAUUGUAAGAUGCCAUUAACUGUAAAAUGCAUCCGGAUCUCAGAUAUGUAAAAAUUUAAAAUAAGCACCUUAAAAUCAAUGAAAUAUCGCAUGUUCUACCUCCUGUUUUCUGGUAUGCAUGGUUAAGCUCUGAAAACAUUUUCACUGAUGGCAUGAGUUUUAGAUUGUGUGCUAAAGUACUUUAAUUCAUUUAACUUGUUUCCACUUCUCCUAAAUAUUAGAAAAGGUUCAGGAGAUAUGAAUAUUAAUAAGAUAAAUAUUUUCCUUCUUACACACAUACAUGGGUGCUAGAGUGUGGCACAGGGCCACUAGUCGUAGUAUAAAUCCCUUCCACAAUCUGAAGGGGAAGUAGAAGUUAGACACAGAAGGUAACUUUACUCCAGCUUUUCUAGAACUUUCCCUAAUAAGAAUAGUUACUCUGAUCCAGGACUGUGCUCUGUAUUCAUCAUGUAUUAUGCCAUUUUAUCCUCAAAAUAUCCCUAUUAUAUAAUUACUAUUCUUAUACUCUUCAAAAUACAUAUUUUAUAUAUUUGUUAACUCAACAAAUAUUUAUUAAGGAUCUUUUGGUGUGCAAGGGACUAGGGAGUCUUUCUUAAACAAGACUAGGUCCUGUUUUCUUGUACUUAACAUUCUAUUCAAAGGUAUGUGAGGGAAAGACAGAGAAACUGAAACAUUAAAAGGUAUAAACUUGCCUAAAUUCACACAGGCUAUAGACGGCAGAGCCAGGGCUGAACACCAAUCUGCCUGACCCUGAAAACGACAAUCCUAAAAGUCAAGUUGCAGAUUUCAUUCUUCCCACACAAGCUCUGCAUAGAAAUUUAUUUUUUAGGCAGGCAAGCCAACUUCUUGUGCAUGGAGAAGUUCAAUAUGCCUUAAGUAAAAUAUCAGCUUAUUCUCAGAGGUGGAAUGGUGCUUUUAAGUAAAGGCUGUGGUGACACCUUAUAGUCAUUAUUAGAUUAAAAAAAAUUAUCUUUAGAGUAAAUAGUAGUUGGAAAAUAAAAACAAAAUUGAAAACUAUGUGUAUACAUAUGUAUAUAUGUUUUUAUCACGGAGGAUCCUAAACAUCUCUACAAAUGUGCUGUUAGCUAUAUAAAUGUUGUCAAGAUGUAAGUAUUCAGAAAGAAGUUUUAAAAUGUCAUUGCUUAUUCAAUUUUGCUGUUAAAUAAAAUAUCAGUUUAUUUAUCCAAUGAAUGUAUAUAUAAGCAAACCAAAUUUCAUUUAAGUAAAAAAAUCAAAGCAGGAACUCUGCCAAUUUUAUAUCCCAUUGUUUUAACACAUUAAACACUUUUUAAUCAUCUAAGAAUUAUCGUUAUGAAACAAUAAUUUUUAAAAAUAUAAAAUAAUUGAAUUAUUGUCUUUCUCUAAGCUAUUUAGAGAACACUACUUUCUUUGUUUUGUUUUGGUUUUUUGAGACGGAGCCUCGCUCUGUGGCCCAAGCUGGAGUGCAGUGGUGCAAUCUCGGCUCACUGCAAGCUCCGCCUCCUGGGUUCACGCCCUUCUCCUGCCUCUGCCUGCCAAGUAGCUGGGACUACAGGCGCCCGCCACCAUGCCCGGCUAAUUUUUUGUAUUUUUAGUAGAGACAGGGUUUCACCGUGUUAGCCACUUUCUUUGUUAAUUUAACUGUUAUUUUAAGUUCAGGGAUAUAUGUGCACGUUUGUUAUACAGGUAAAUUUGUGUCAUCAGAGUUUUUUUGUAUAGAUUAUUUCAUAACCCAGGUAUUAAACCUAGUACCCGUUAGUUAUUUUUCCUGAUUCUCUCUCUCCUCCUAACCAGCACCCUCUGCUAGGCCCCAGUGCGUGUUGUUUCCCACUAUGUGUUCAUGUGUUCUCAUUAUUUAGUUCCCACUUAUAAGUGAGAACAUGUGGCAUUUGGUUUUCUCUUCCUGCAUUACGAUAAUAAGGAUAAUAGCUUCCAGCUCCAUCCAUGUCCCUGCAAAUGACAUGAUCUCACUCUUUCAUAUGAUAUGGCUGGAUAGUACUUCAUGGUGUAUACAUACAUUUUCUUUAUCCUGUCUACAAUUGAUGGGCAUUUAGGUUUAUUCCAUGUCUUUGCUACUGUGAAUAGUGCUGCAAUGAACAUACAUGUGCAUGUAUCUUUAUAAUUAAACAAUUUAUAUUCCUUGGUUAUAUACCUAUUAAUGGCACUGCUGGAUCCAAUGGUAUUUCUGUUUUUAGGUUUUUGAGGAAUUGCCACACUCUCACAUGGUUGAACUAAUUUACACUCCCAGCAACAGUGUAUAAAUGUUCCAAUGUCUCCACAAGUUCCCCAGCAUCUGCUUUUUUUUUCUUUUGACUUUUUAAUAAUUGCCAUUCUGACUAGUGUGAAAUGGUAUCUCAUUGUGGUUUUGAUUUGCGUUUCUCUAAUGAUCAGUGAUAUUGAGGCUUUUUUCAUAUCAUUGUUGGCUGGAUGUAUGUUUUCUUUUGAAAAGUGUCUGUUCAUAUCCUUUGCCCACUUUUUAAUGGGUUUAUUUGUUUUUUUCUUAUAAAUUUAAGUAUCUUAUAGAUGCUGGAAUAUUAGACCCUUGUAGAUGUAUAGUUUGCAAAUAUUUUCCCCCAAUCUGUAGGUUGUCUGUUCACUCUGCUGAUAGGUUCCUUUGCUCUGACAAAGCUCUAGAGUUUAAUUAGAUCCCAUUUGUCAAUUUUUCCUUUCGUUGCAACCGUCUUUUGUGUCUUCAUCACGAAAUCUCUGCCUGUUAGAAAACACUACUUUCAAACAUUUAAAUGCAUAUGGGUAAUGCUUGAGUACCUGAAAAAGCAAUUUUAAGAAAUUACUGAUGUAUCUCUAUUAGGAGUGACAUAUUCAUAUUUUAUUUUAUGUGUAUAUUAUUUAUAUAACGUACAAGAAAUUGUUGCAUUUAUCAUUUUAAUGCAAAGUAGUAUCAACUAUAAUGGAUUAGAUGCACAAAUAACUGAGGUAGGAACCUCAGUUCUGUGUUUUAAUGUGGAAUUCUUAUGCUUAUUAAAAUAUUUUGAUUAGCUGUUGCA